AUGUUGUUUCCAAGAAACUCCCACACUAUGAAAGUAUUCCAUAAUCAAAGAAACCUUCAAUUCUACAAUUUAACUAUUAUUUUUGAUCAAAUGAUUCAUCAACAAGUGUUAGACAACAAAAUAGAUACUUCAGAAGGCGAAAAUAAAAUUAAACUUUGUGACAACAAACAACCGAAUGAAAUUUUAAAGGCCGAGAAAUUCGGAAGCUUUUAUCAAGAUCUUAACUUUAUUUUUUAA